AUGAAGAUUGAAGUUGAUUCAUUUUCAGGUUCUAAAAUUUACCCAGGUAGAGGUACUUUAUUUGUUAGAGGUGAUUCAAAGAUUUUUAGAUUUCAAUCAUCAAAAUCAGCUUCUUUAUUUCAUCAAAGAAAAAAUCCAAGAAGAAUUUCAUGGACUGUUUUAUAUAGAAGACACCAUAAAAAAGGUAUUUCAGAAGAAACUUCAAAAAAAAGAUCAAGAAAAACCGUUAAACAUCAAAGAGCUAUUGUUGGUGCUUCAUUAGAAUUAAUUAAAGAAAGAAGAUCACAAAAACCAAGUGAAAGAAAAGCUACAAGAGAAGCUAAAUUACAAAAAGAUAAAGAAGCUAAAAAAAAUGCUAAAGCUCAAAGAAAAGCAGAAAAAGCUAAAUCAGCAGCUCAAGGUGCUAAAUCAGGUGUUUCAAAACAACAACAAAAAGGUGCUUUUCAAAAAGUUCAUGCUACUUCAAGAUAA